AUGUUGGCGACGGAGAGUAGGAGGAAGACAGAGAAGAGGCUGCUAUCGGCCGGUGCGAGUGUUCUCGCCGUGGCGAGUGUUCUCGGGGAUGGUGUGUGGAUGGAUUGGGCUGAACGGUAUUGGGAAUUGUUGGGUCCAGAAAAGUUUGGUCAGUUGAAGACGCACUUGUCCCCGGAUCCGUGGAGAAGGCGGAAGCACUGGCGCACGUUUCUGCAACAGCCUUCGAACUCGGUGCGCUUCGACCAGUGGACCUUGUUGCGUAACGAAGAGGGUACGCGUCCGCUUUACAUCCCCACACUGCCGACCCCAACCCAAUUGGGUAGCCGCUUGUUAUGCUGGAGCUUAAAAAAUCGAGUGAAGGCCGGCCCGAAGACCGGCGCGAAGCCGGAUUCGAACGCACGCGUGGAAACGGCGUCGGGUACAGAGUUCGCGGGUGUGUGCCUCGCGGGUGCACCGCCUGGCUACGACGCGUACUGUACAGUGCGGAGUACGUUGCCGGAGACGGGGUGGGAAAACCUGCGGCGAGUAACGCCGGCAACGUUCAAUGAGUGCAACCUGGCGUACGUGGAGGUGGGUGGGGUGAUUUCGUCAUGUUUUGGAGAGCCGUACGGCACGGUGGACGUAGAAGUGCGGGAAGAGGUGGAGCACCAGCUGGGGCGAGGGGCAAGUCGGUUGCGCAACUGGCUCACUGGUUGUUUAUUGAAGCAUGCCGGUGGUUCACUUACGGACUUGGCGGGGUUUUGUGCGCUCGUGCUCAAGAUCAAUCCGUCGACUCCUCAAGGGUGUGUGCGUGACCAACUUCGUGAUGGGCUAUCGAUUGAAGAGGCUACAUUGAAGGGCGCCCUAUGCUCCAAACAACUGGACUGUCUACGUUCAGGACCGCCGUGUUUUUCUGAUUACUCGCGACGUUUCAACUUUAACGAAAACCGUCUGGAAGUUUGGAAACUACGACUCGACGAUCUACCCACCGUAUCUGUCGCUGAAUACGCAACCAUGCAGCAAAGCGACUUGGACAGAAUUUUAUCUCACAGAGCACCCCCAAGCGGGCCAAUCGAACAAGAACGGGCGUGGGUCCGCCGCUACUGGGAAUUACUGAAUCCGGAAGAAUAUGCCCGACUCUCUGUCUUCGUCGACCCGGCUCCUCACCGAAGACGAGCGCGCUGGCUACGAGUCGCGCCCCAACUUAUCUCACCCACUGACGGCGAGACGGAGUGGAGCAUGAUUAGCGAGAUUGGGGACGUCGGGGACGACCGGCCUUUCUAUAUUCCUGAGUUGGGUGUGAUGAAGACGAUGGCUCGGUCGCGUGGAUACUUCUGGGGGCGCGACUACGAGGCGUAUAGAGCGUUACAUGGUUUGCUCGGAAGAGACAAGUGGGCGAAGUUGCGGGCGGUGAAGCCUGCGCACUUCUUGCGGUGCGCACAGGGCUACCUCAGGCUGGCUGCAGCGUUUCAUCGAUGCUACGUCGCCCCUUUCGGCAUCCUGGACACUCCGCUGCUCACUUUUAUCGCACGGGAGAUGAAGAUACCCACACGCGAACCGCGUUUCGCAUACUGGAUCAGUGGUUGUCUUUUACAAUAUUGCGAAAUGCCCUUCGAAGAUCUCCUCCGCUUCUGCGACAACCAUUUUCGGUUUACACCCGUACCUUCCGCACGAGACGUUACCGCCCUUCAAAAUUCAGUAUGCGUCGACAUGCACGCCACAGCACAAGCGCUAGCCCAUCUGCCAGUCUUGACGAUCGCCGAGUAUUGCGGCCUCGAAGUAGGCGAGCACAACCGGCGUGAUGAGUACAACCUGCCCAAGUUUGGCGGAUCGGAAAGACCGACACGCAAAAGGCGCCACACCUCGAACCACACAGACAACGGUUCGAAUCUCGAAAAUGCCACUAAAGAAUUUUACGAAAACGGAAAGCAGCACGGGAACGCCGCGGAACCGUGGCUCCAACAACUACCUACUUCGUGGAGCAAGUGGCUGGAAACGCCUCAGGUCCAAGAACUGGCGGAGUUGCCAGCGGUCAAGUACGUUUGCACGAACCACUGGCCACAACUCUCCCGCUGCAUCGCCACGCUAGCAAGAGAGGAAAGCGAAGAACGUGUUGACACAUUUUCCGUGGAGAUGUUCUUCUGGAAGAAAGGAGUGAAAAACGAAGCGAAGAAGCUGGCAGUAGCUGAGCAGCGGCCGGUGGAGUACCACGCAGCAGUGCAGUACAUCCCCCACUCAGGGCCGGUGGCCAUGUCCAAGAAGGAACGGCACGAAUUAAAGAAGAGUCUGCGCAAACAAAGAGAAAGAAAAGCGAACCCCACAAGUGUCUCUCUCGGAGCCGCUCUGGAUAUGAAGACCCCUGAGCAACAGGCCAGUAAAAUGCAGAGUCUCAUGGCACACCAACAGCCAGUACAUCUCCAGGCCCAAACUGUCGUGCUCCCGACGGGCGCAUCCAGCAAUUCAACAAUCAAACACAAAAAGUAG